CCAACAGCAGCACAUACCCGCUUCUCUCUCUGAUCGCCUGUAAGUUCCCAGAUCUGACAUCAUGGUGCAUUUUACAGCUGAGGAGAAGGCUGCCAUCACUAACCUGUGGGGCAAAGUGAAUGUGGAAGAGGCUGGAGGCGAGGCCCUGGGCAGGCUCCUGGUUGUUUACCCCUGGACCCAGAGAUUCUUUGACAACUUUGGCAACCUGUCCUCUACUUCUGCCAUAAUGGGUAACCCCAAGGUCAAGGCACAUGGCAAGAAGGUGCUGACCUCCUUUGGUGAUGCUAUUAAGAACAUGGACAACCUCAAGGGCGCCUUCGCUAAGCUUAGUGAGCUGCACUGUGACAAGCUGCACGUGGAUCCCGAGAACUUCAGGCUCCUGGGCAACGUACUGGUGAUCAUUCUGGCUUCUCAUUUUGGCAAGGAAUUCACCCCUGAUAUGCAGGCCAUGUGGCAGAAGCUGGUGGCUGGUGUUGCCACUGCUCUGGCCCACAAGUACCACUGAGUCUUCCUUCCAGUUCAACAGUGCUCUUUUGUGUCCCCAGGGCCCUCCUUCUGCAUAUGGGGACUUGCGUUUGGCCUUGAGAGCACAGCUUCUGUUUAAUAAAGUUCAUUCUAUUCAGUCAUCAUAAA